AUGACCUUCGGCGAGUUCAACCCCAUCCGGGAGGCUGUCCGCCAGUCGCCGCCCCUUGACACUUCGGCACCUUAUGAUACGGCCAGCAUGGCCGGUAAGACGAUUUUAAUCACCGGUGGUGCCGCUGGCUUCGGAGCCGCCUUUGCCCGCCGCUGGGCGAGCCUCGGUGCCCACAUAGCAAUUGGGGAUGUCAACGACACAGCCGGCGAGGCGAUUGUUGCUGAGCUGCGCGCCACCACCCCAGGCGGCAAGUACCACUUUUACCAGCACUGCGACGUCACGAGCUGGGACAGCCAGGCGGCCUUUUUCAAGGCCGCCGUUGAACACAGUGCCACCGGCUCCAUUCACGUCGUCGUGCCCAAUGCGGGCGUGGCCGACCGCGACUCUCCCGCAAACCAGCGUGGCUUUGAGAACCCGGCCCCUCUGGACGCCGCCGACGAGCGCGCCGGUCCCAGGGCCCCGCGCAUGCCCGUCGCAGACAUUAACGUGACGGGCGUCCUGUACUCGGUGCACCUUGCCAUGUACUGGCUGCCGCGCAACGACGGCAAGGACCGUGCCAUUCUGUUCCUCUCGUCCAUUGCCGGUCUCCUUUCGCUGCCCGGACAGGCUCUGUACACCAUGUCCAAGCAUGCCGUGACAGGCCUGUUCCGUGCGCUGCGCGGCACCUCGCACGUCCACAACGGCUUGCGUGUCAACAUGCUCUGUCCCUACUUUGCCGUGACCAACAUUCUGCCGACGUCGGGCGUCGCCAUGUUGGCUGGAGCGGGCAAGACCAGGGUGGAUGAUGUCGUCGAGGCCGGCACGCGUUUCGUGGCCGAUCAGUCGAUUGCCGGCCGGGCUGUCGUGAUCGGUCCCCGGAUGCUGUUGAAAGAGGGCGGCACGAGCGUCGGCGGCACCGUGGACCUGGUCGCUGCGGCCGACGGCAGCAUCACAGUGGCCGGUGAGCCGGCCGAGGGGGUGGGUGAUGCACGCCAGGCUGUGUGGGAGUGCUAUGGGCACGACUACGAGAACUGUGAGGUGUUUGUCGACCGCUACGUGCGCCUGCUCAACCUCUUGACCCUCAUACGCGGCUGGACGGGUUUCUUCUUGGAUCUGCUGAGUGUCUUUUGGAGGGGCCAGCCGGCACCCAAGAUGAAGCAGGUAUAA